UAGGACGAGGAACAUCGCGAGUGGUUUGAGUAUUUGGAGCUGAUGAUCGUUCAAGCUUGGAGGACCGACGUGGAAGGCGAUCUUCUCGGAUUCCUGUUCGGAUCGGUGCGCCCCAGUCAUCGCCAGUCGAUCACCUUAGAGCUGACGGUUCCCCUUGCGCAGUUAGUAGGCGACCUCCCACUUGAGAUCGUCUCACAGAGUGACGAGAGCCCGGUUCCGCAUGUCCUCACGCGAACUCUAACACCUUAUCUUCGGUGGUCGGCGUGCCUGGAGGAGCCAGGAACUAGCCGCAACCCGCCGUCGCAGCGGGAUUAUCUGGACCCACGGGAGAUCAUCGAUCUCGCCUUUUUCCAAGAUCGGGCGGCCUCCGAGGACGAAGAAAUAGAGAUCGAGGAAGAGAGCGUUGAAGAAGAAGAAGCCGCCGAAGAGGACGAGGAGGAAGAAACCCCAGAGGAAGGCAGUUAUAGUGAGCACAGCGAGGGAGAGCAGAGUGAAGACGAGGAAGAAGAAGAGGAGCUAGAACUGGAGAAGUCUGAGUGGGAGGUCUUGGCGGAGGAGCUCGAGCGAAUAGAAGCGGAGCAGGCGGAAGACCCCGAAGCGACGCGCAAAAGAGACGAAAUCGUGGCCGGGAAACAACAGCUGGAGUUCGCCAGCGCGGCAAAUCUGCCGAUCACUAACGAUCCGGCCCUCGAUCCCGAGCCGCCUAAGCCUGAGAAUGGAGAACAGGCCGAGACUUCGAGUGCACCGGCAGGACGGUGACAAAGCCGAUCCUCCUCCCCCUCCGCCUCCGACCGUCCAUCAGUUCAAGCCCGUACUGAUACGGGGCAUCGGGCUU